AUGUCGCGGUGCCAGGCUGUUGCGAGGCCAUUGGCACGGCAAUUGCGCCCACAAUGCGCAAUCAGGCCCUUCACCACGGGUGCUGCCCGCGCCGCCGCUGCUGCUACCGAAGAAGUAAAGCAGCCCAGCGCUCUUGAUCUCGAUCCCAACAGCGUCCUGCCAGAAUUCGAAAGCGACCUCAUCAAGGCGGGCAAAAUGCCCAUCGGCUCCCGGAGACGAAGAGUCGCCAUGCGCACCACUGCCAGCCUUCCCUUUGAGCAGCUGCCGUACCAGGCCUUCCAGGAAGCACGAGCCAUUCUUGCGGCGGACCGACAGGAGAAGGUCGCCAAGAUCCAGGAGGAGCUGGAGAAGAUUGCACUGCUAGAGAAGAAGGACGCGGCGCUGGUGAAGGGCGGACAAGCAAUGAAGGAUACGAAGCUGGCAAGUCUGAGGCGAUAUGUCGAGCAGCUCAAGAUCCAGGCGGACAUCAACGACCCGCUGGUCAAGAAGCGCUUUGAAGAUGGACUAGGAGACAUGGACAAGCCCAUCUACCGGCACUACGCCGAGCGCAAAUGGCGCUCCUACGACUACCGCCUCAUCACCCAGCGCAUCAAGCAAUUCAACAUCGUCCCCGACGUCCUCCCCAAGCUCGACCCCGUCGCCGACGUCCAGCUCUACUUCCGCCAAUCCAAGAUCCCCCCCGGCGAGAUCGUCGACUCCCUCAUCAGCGAGAACCCUCCCCGGCUGCGCGUCCAAGUCUUCAACAAGGGCCCCCGGCUGGUCUCCCUCGUCGUGCUCGACUCAGACGUGCCCGACGUCGAAAAGGACGCCUUCUCCAAGCGCUGCCACUUCCUCGCGGCGAAUAUCUCGCUCAGCCCCAACGACACUUCUCUGCCGCUUAGCAAGAUCCGCGCCGACGACCAGCUCGCUGUUCCUUGGUUACCGCCUACCGCGCAAAAGGGCAGUCCGUACCACCGCGUGGGCAUCUACCUCCUCGAGCAAAAGCCCGAAACCAAGCUCGACGUUGCGAAACUCAAAGAGCUCUACGCUUCUCGGGAUGGCUUCUCCCUAAAGUCCUUCCGCGACAAGUUCAGCCUCACGCCCGUGGGCUUCAACAUGUUCCGCAGCGUCUGGGACGAAAACACCGCCGGCGUCAUGGAGCGCCACAGCGUGGCUGGCGCAGACGUCGAGUUCAGGCCGACGCGCGUGCACAGCUUGAAGCCGCCCGUCAAGCCACGUGGUUGGGAAGCUAAGAGACAGGGUCCUGCGUAUAGACAUUUGUGGAAGUACACGAAGCGUAUCAAGGGAUUGUCUAAUGCCCGGGGAUGGACCAAGAGGAGGUGA